GUGUGUGGACCGUGUUAAAGAUCCGUGUUGGACGUGUCCUCGGGCCGUGGACUCACUGUCCCGGGAACAGCGGCCGUGUUUUCAUCUCGUCUCAGUUAUUUCAGCGGAAAAAACCGGUCAAUUUGUGUUUAAACCACCAUUUUAUGUUCUCUUUUUCUUCACCGAUCUUCAAAAUGGCGGCGGUUCAUGGGUUUCAGCAGCUUUGAGUUGGUUCAGUGGAAUCACCAUGGAAACGGGCAGUGAGCAGUGAAGCAGUGGUCAGUGUCAGAGGUCAGUGUGGCAGCGGCGACGUCGUGGUGGAGGAGCAGACUGAUGGAGAGCGACUGUCGGAUUCCCGUGGCGUGCUGUCGACCUCGAAUCCUUGUACUUCACGCUCUUUUCUGGGGCCUCGUGUCCCUCAGAGUGUUUGGAGCCGCCCUGCUGAGUGAAGAUAAAACUGCAGCAGUGAAACCUGCAGUCGCCCCCUGCUGGCAGCUGGAGGAGUUUAUAGUGACCACAGCGUGUUCAGAGUGCAAUGCUUUCCAGACGGUGAAAGUCGGGUCCUGUGAGCUCACAGGAUACGUGGAGAGAGUGAACUGCACCAAGUCCAACAAAGAAGAGCAUAAGAGCUGUCGUUCUGCAGUGAUGGAGGACCAUCUCUUCUGGAAGUUCGAGGCGGCCAUGUUGGCUCUGACACUGCUCUUCGCCGUCCUCGUGGUUGUUCGCCAGCGUUGGCUCGACCGCCUCGCGUCCGAGAAAGUCCGCCGACAGAUCGAGUCCAUUUAGGACCAGGACCUGAACUGG